AGUUAGUGACGAGGGAUUGAGCCGAUCAGCUGACCUUCCUCUCUCUACCUUAAAUAUCAGCAGUGAACGUGUUUUGUUCCCCUCCCUCCUCUCCAUCUACCAUCCCAGCCCUGAGUGCCAUCACCGCCAUCAUGUCACAGAUCAUCCCAGGGCGUUGUACUGUUCUCGUGGUCGGUGGUGGGCCGGGUGGCUCAUACUGUGCUGCUGCUCUGGCUCGAGAGGGCAUUGACACAGUGUUGCUGGAAGCAGACCAGUUCCCUCGUUACCAUAUUGGGGAGAGUAUGCUGGCAUCGAUACGUCAUCUGCUUCGGUUCAUCGACCUGGACCAAGCCUUCGACCAGCAUGGCUUCACAAAAAAGGUCGGGGCAUCUUUCAAGCUUGAUAAGAAUAAGCGAGCUGGAUAUACUGAUUUUAUAGCCGCUGGGGGGCCCGACAACUACGCCUGGAAUGUUGUCCGCUCUGAAGCAGACCAAUUGAUGUUUCAGCAUGCGACAAAGUGCGGUGCCAAAACCUUUGACGGAGUCAGAGUCAAGGCUAUCCACUUCGCUCGCGAUGGGGAUAGCGAACUCGGAAAGCCUAUCCUAGCAUCGUAUGUGUGCCAGCAAGACCAGUCUCAAGAAACCAGAGAGAUUGCCUUCGACUACCUAGUUGAUGCAAGUGGUCGAAAGGGUUUGCUUAGUACCAGGUACCUCAAAAACCGCCGAUUCAACGAUAGUCUUAAGAACAUUGCGCACUGGGGAUACUGGAGGGGGGCUGAGACUUACGCGAAGGAUACCGCGAUGGAGAACCAGCCUUUCUUUGAGGCACUGCAUGAUGAGAGUGGCUGGGUUUGGCUUAUUCCCCUGCAUAAUGGAACCGUGUCGGUCGGAAUUGUGAGGGACCAGAAGACUGCGACUGCAAUGAAGCGUGAGUCGGGCUUGGGGCAGGAAGAAUUCUACCAUUACACGCUGAACCUGACACCGGACAUCCGGCGCCUGCUUGGCAAUGCGGAGCUAGUCAGCCCGAUCAAAUCAGCUUGCGACUAUUCGUACAGCGCAUCAUCGUAUGCAAUGCCCCAUGCUCGCAUCGUUGGCGAUGCAGGAUGCUUCAUCGACCCCUAUUUCUCGUCAGGCGUCCACCUAGCCCUGGUCGGCGGCCUUUCCGCCGCCACCACUAUCUGCGCUGCCUUGCGUGGUAACUGCGACGAGGCGGCGGCUGCAGCCUGGCACUCCGACAAGGUCUCUGACAGCUACAUACGGUUCAUGCUCGUGGUCAUGAGCGCGUAUCAGCAGAUCCGCAGCCAGUCCAAACCGGUGUUGAGCGAUCUUCACGAGGACAAUUUCGACCGCGCGUUCAACAUCAUCAAACCCAUCAUCCAGGGAACCGCCGACGUCAGUCCGGAGAAGAUAACGCAGGAAGAGCUGGAUCGGACUAUACAAUUUUGUGCCGCUGCUCAUGGAUCAGAGGACGAGAUUCGUCAUCACGCCAGAAAGCUCUUACGCACUGAAGACUCUCUCAACAUCGAUAGCUUCAGCACGGACGAGAUCAAUGGCUUCGUGCCUAAUCUCGAACAGGGCAACCUGGGCUUGGUCAAGGGCACGGCCUAGACAUGGGUUUGAACAUACCGUUGGACAAAUCACAUGGAUGGCAGGCUUUACUGUUUGGUUUGUCUUUGGAUCUGGUUUAUUUGGUUCAAAGUGUUGUACAAUUAUGUGAGAAAUUGACUGUCAAAAUGGUUAGGUCAGCGGGAUCUACUUCGUUGUUGCUCAGGGACCUCAAUGUAUUUUGACACGGGUGUAAGACAUUUACUUCACGCUCAAGUGGUCGAUAACGAAAUUCUACGCUAAGUAGGACGAUUACUAGAAGCC